GAAGGACAAUGGGGGCUGCAGCUGGUGCCCCUCUGGGCAGCUGGCACCAGUGGCUGGCUUGGCCGCUGGGUGAAGCUUCCUGGAGACACUGGGUGUGGGGGUGUUGGAUGGCUGUCCUGAGGAUCCCCAGCAGAACUUUCUCCCGGGCAGGCUGGGCCUCCAGCUGGACCCUGGGGUGAGAGGGAGCCUGCCCACCCACCAGCCACAGCCCCAGGGCUCUGCCUCCAGGGGGGCAGUAGGGGUCUUUCUGGUCUGGUUGGGGUGUGGAGGCCCUGGCAGCCCCGCGGGCACACUGUUAUGUCAUCUAGGGGCCCUGGAGUGGCCCGGUGAAGGCACAGCAAUGGCGGGAGAAAGGCCAGGCCCUGCUGUGGGGUGGGCAGGAGGACCGAGGGAGCUCCGCCUCCUGCUCCUGGGGCUUGUGGAGGGAGAUGCAGUGGGGUUGGGGGGACCGGAGCAGAGGCUGAGCAGGAGGAUGUUACUGGAGGAGAUUCUGUUGGGGAGGGUCACCCAGCAGCCGGGACCUUCCCUUGGAGGAUGCAGCACCGGAAGAGCAAUUAGGGACAGCCCCACCCCCACGCCAGUCAGGCCUGCCCUGCUGACCCCAGCCAAAGCUCACCCUGUCGCCCUGGCCCUCCACUCACUGCUUCCCCAGAGAGUGCGGGGUCCCUCAGGGAGCCCUGAUGGCCAGCACCACACCACCUUCUGGCCAUCCUGCCUCCUGGGCCUCCAGUGGUGCUGGGCCACUUCUCCUCAGCCCGCCUCCUUCCUCAAUCUGGUUCCUGCUUUCGUUUUCCUGCGCCUGUUUGUUUUAGUAGAGAUGCCUCCAGAGAGCGUCAGCUGCAGACUUUCUCCUGUCCCACGACAGCUCCAGGGGUCGUCCCCGGCUGCCUGCCGCCUCCUCUGAGGACUGGAGUGAGGACUGGACAGCACAGGGCCGCCUGUGCCUCUGGACCCCUGGACGCCGCGGAGGGUGCGCCCGGCCCCACUUGGAGGUGCAGCCUAAGGGCAGUUUUCUCCUUGGGGACCAGAGGCAGAUUCGGGGCAUGCCCAUGGGUUCCUGUCCCGAGGAGGAAGGUGCGGCCCCUGCCAUCCCCCCGCUGAAGGCUGGCGAGAAGUACCACCUGUUCGUGAGUUACAGCAGCGUGGACGCCGCGUGGACCCAUGGGCUCAUCAGUCGCCUGGAGGUGGACCACGCAGGGCUGAAGGUCUGCCUGCAUGAGCGGGACUUCAUGCCGGGCAGGAACGUUCUGGAGAACAUGGCCGAUUGCAUCCACCAGAGCCAGAAGGUGCUGCUGGUCCUGAGCCAGGACUUCGUGCAGAGCCGGUGGUGCUUGCUGGAGGCCGACCUGUCCCUCUUUGGCUCCUGCCUGGAGCAGAAGCCGGUCAUCCCGGUCCUGCUAAGGCCCUGCCAGGUCCCGCUGUACCUCAGCCACCUGACCUAUCUGGAGGCCACGGACGGCCGCUUCUACCACAAGGUGGUGCAGCUCCUGUGCACACCCAACCAGCGCGUGGCACGCCCCCUGGGCCUGCGCUCGGCCCCCUCCCUCUACAGCGGGAAGACCCUGCUGACCCUGGACUGCAUCAACAGGGAAAGCCUGCCCUCCUGGAGAGUGGGCACCUUCAGCACCCUGGCCGUCCCGGACCCCUUGAAGCCGGUGCUGGAGGACCCCGAGGUGUACAGGCAUGCUGUGGGCAUCCUGAAUGGGGUGCAGUCACCUCGGUCCUGCCUCCGGUACCUGGGCUGCAGGAUCACACUGGGCAUCUUCCUGAUUCUCCUCUCCUUAGUAUCAAUCCUCCUCCCUUUGGUUUUGGGGCUCUCGCCAAACCAGCCUCCUCAGCGGCUCCUCCUGAUCACUGCCAACAUAUUUUUCUGCCCCUUCUUUAUGAUCUUAGGCAUUAACACUUUGUGCUGGUUCAGAAGGUUUUCUAAGAGGAAGACGCGGGAGCUGGAUCUCAGGGUGGGUGAGGCCAACCUGCUGCUGGCGCCCCACUCGGUGCUGAUGGGCAGCAAGACCAUGAACAGGCUCCACUUCGUGUACGUUGUGCUGGGGGACUGCAGGGAGGCCUUCCUGGAGGCGCCGGGUGGCGAGGCCCUGUUCCGGGAGGCCCUGGUGCAGUUCUCAUCCAGCUACGCCUGCUGCCUGGCCCACGCGCACUUCCCCGACUCCGAGGACGCUCCCGGGGCUCCGGGCCACCUGGAACUGGGCCUGUGCUUCUGCCGGUUCGUCUCUCUGCAGCUGAGGAGACAAGGGUGGCUCAGGGCUCCCCCUGUGUGACAGCUGGAGGGGCCUGGGGGCAGGGCCUGUUUUUGGGCAUCCAGCUGCCGCUGAGCUGGCCCUGCAGACUUGGCAGCAGUGAGCUCUGGGCGGCGCACACAGGCCUCCCCACUUCGUCAGCUGUGCCCAGCCGGGCGGCCCUGAGGCCCCUGCAGCACCCAGAGGACCCACAGGCUGCUCUGAGGGUAGAGGUUACCAGCAGCAGUCCCUCAGGCCUGGCGUCCUGCUCCAGCCUGACAGUCGGGAGAGGAGGGCUUUGUCAGACUACCUGGGAGGAGGCUGGGGAAGCAGCGGUCUUGCUGUGGGACCCUCGGGAGAUAGUCACUGCCCAUCUCUGGAUGGUCAGUGCAUGUCCAGGGGCCGGGGCGGAGUGCGCUGGCUCCCUGGGCCCCCUGAAUAGCUCCUCCAGGAACCUGCCCCCGUUGCUGGGACACAGAUCAGAUGGACCCCGAGGUUCACUCUCAGCCACACACACACACACACACUGUGCGCCUGCCGUCCGUGCUGAGAGCCCAUGGGGGCCAGCCACAAGCCAUCCUCGGCUGAAAACAGCCUGCGUUUGUCCUCAGUGCGGAUAUCUGCUGGUCAGACCCAGAUGGACUUCAGACUGGGUGGGUGCUGUGUGCUGCCUGCCUCCCCUCCGGCUCCGUCCCAGCUCCUGAGACGCAGACCCUGGGUCGGUAUCCUUCCCCUUCUGGAGGAGAGUGAGUCUGGGGCUGCAGCAUGGCCUCCUGCAGUCCAGCAGCGGAGCCUGUCCGUCCACAAACACUGCCCCUGAAGACAGGCCUCUGAGCUCAGAGGUGGUGGCGCUUCUGCUGAGAGAGCGGCAUUUGAGGGGCACAGACGUGACCUGAUCCUGGGUGUGGGGGCCCAGCAGGAGUGUCUCCUGAGAGUCCCAGUUGCGCCCUUACCAAUCCGUAGACGAGCAGCUGGCGGAUUGCAAGUCUGGUGCUGGGCAGAUGUUCCCAGGUGUUGUGCUGGCCAGAGCUUGGCUAAGCAGCUGCGUGGUGUCUCUGCCUCACCCAUUUCCCAGGUGCAGGCCCUGGACCGCAGCUGCAGAAGCACAGGCAAGUGAGGCUCUGGAGGCUUUCCCAGCAGCACUGUGAGUGACAGUGCCCUCCCUCCCAGGCCCUCCCCAGCACUCCUUAGAUGAGACCCCCAUUCCCCGCAGAGUGUACCAAAAUCCCACUCUUUUGGUUUGAACUGGCCGAUCUGCCCGCUAGCCCAGGGAUCUCAAAGCACUCUCCCCACGGAACCCGAUGCAGGCUCGUGCUGGGGUCGGCCUCUCUGUCUACACCCACCUGACCUCCCCCAUCAGUAACAAGUUCUCUGCUUCAGUUUCUUCCGUGGUCUGCUCUUGAACUUGGCAGCACCCUGGGCUUCUCUUACCAAGUGUUAAUCAAGCUGAAUCACAAGGCGACUGUCCUGCUGGAGGCAGCAUUGGCCCGCUCUGUCCUGGGGCCAGGGCCGCACGGAGAGGAUCUCCCUCCAGAGGAGACUGAGCAGCAGGCAACAGUGAGAGAGGCAGAGAAGGGGGGGUUCCGGGCGGGGGUCCGCACCAGCAAUGGCACCAGACAGGAAUCUGGUCACAGCGAGAAGCCUGAACCUCGGUGGCCCCAAAGAUGGGCCCUGACACAGCCUCUCUGUGGCUGGUGGGGCCUGGCACUCCUGUACGUUGAAGGGCUGGGGGCCGCUGGGGAAGCAGCAGGGCCAAGACAUGACCACAGGCUCUGCCCCAGAGUGGGCACCUGUGAGCCCCAAAGCCAUCUGGGCCCCACGUGGAGAAGAGCCUCUUGUAGCAGUGGAGGCUCCGGCUCCCUUCCAGGGGCCCCCUGGACUCCGCUGGGUCCUCCAGCCUCUGCAAAGUCUGAGUGUGGGACCACCCACCCAACUUCCGGGUCAGAGCUGGCUCCUAGACGGCACAGGUGACACCCACAGACACGGAGGAGCCGACUUGAGGCCACACCUGCCCAGGCCGAGGGUCCACUCAGUGCUGAGUGCAGCUGGAUCAGAGAGCACUGGAGCCUCGCAUGCAGAGCCGGGCAACUGGUCAGCCUUUCAGGGCCAGACUCCCGGUUGCAUCACAGGAAACCCUGGGAGGCCAUGCUGGGGCUGGAGGUUGGGGACGGGGGUGGGCAUGGCCUCGCUGUGCACGCACAGGCACGUGCAUGGGCUCCUCGGGCAUGCCGGUGACAACAGUGGCAUUCCUGCUCGGUGGUGCCCAGCGGUGCAUCUGAAAGAGGGCAGAGAGACAAAAGGGAGGGCAGAGGUCUCUCGUCAAAAGACCAAGAUUUUUCAUCAUGAAAUAGUAUAUUUGUGCAAUCAGAAAGGAGAAGCAUUAGAGGAGCCAUUCUGCUCUCACACAGGCUGUUGGGAAUCUAAGCCUCCUUUGAACUGAGCCUACGACAGUGCCUCAGCCAGCCUUGCUCCAGUGCCCCUGGCCUGGCCAGCCCCACAUUGCUGUGCAGAUCCCCCACUGGGGCAGGCAGUGUCGGCUGUGGGGGAUGCUAGACCUGGAGGAGUGGCCCCCCAGAGUGCCCACUAGGCUGGCCACCCCCUUGCACCCACUCCAAGGCUGCAUGACCCAGGCCAAUGGCUCCAGAACACAGGGACCCCAGCCCACCCUCCAGGGCCUGGACCCAGGGCUGUCACACUGCCUGCUCUGGCCCCUUGACCUCGCCACCUGCACGAGAGGUCAGUGGCUUGGGGGGGGGGUCGGACGGGGCCCUGCAUACCUGCUGCAGCAGGAGCAGCGGCCUUCACGGUGGAGUGCCUGACCUCCACUAUCCGCCCCAGGACAGGACCCCAAAUCACCACCCUGGACAGGUGAGGAUGGAGGUGCAGGCUCCUCUGUGCCUCUCAGGGACCUGGAGCUCCACCCCCUGCAGACGCCCCAAAAUGCCUCUCCUCAGUCUUGGGCUGGUUUUUAGCAGGGUGACCCCAGGCAGGUGGGGCUGAGGCUCUAACCAGUGCUGGGAACCCCCUGACAAGGCUGCUGGUCACCAGGGGUCAGGCAGCUGUCCCAGGCUCACUCUCAGACCUGGAGCACCACCCCCUGGUGUUCACCCCAGGGCCUCUCCCUUGGCCGCGUGGGUUUCCCGUGAGAGGAGAGUGAGGUCCCCAGGACGGGGCUGCUGUGCCCUGGUGACCUCAUCACAGCUUGGGCCUGCAUUUAGCAGGAGUGACCAGGGCUCUGAGUAGACAGGCCCCAGGGCCCUACUUCCACUGCCCCUCCACCUGGCUGGGCUCUGCCUUGUGGGUCAGGUGAGCCUCACUCACUAUGGACAGUGGGGAUGGGCCAGAGCUGCCCUCGCCACCACCCUCCUCCAAGUGGACAGGGUGGGGGACACAGCACCGAGGUCAGCAGAGGACUGUCUUGUACCUGCUGUGGGUGUUGUGGAAAAAAAAACCUUCAGGGGAAAAAUGUGAAGCAGAAUAAGUAAAAAAAUGCACGUGCAUCUGCGUAUUUCUGCAAAAAGAUACACAGGAAGGCGGAAUUAGACUAGUAAGACUGAGUUCCUUCAGGGGGCGGGCGGGAGGCAAGUGUCUUAUCUGGGACUUCUUUUGUGUGGUUUUGCCUUUGGGAACCAUGUUAAUAUUACACGCUAAAAAACAAUAUAAUAAAACCAACAAAAAUGAGGAAAGGACACUAAAAGGGAGUAUAAGCAGUAAUAAGGGACUCUUCUAUGUUUCAAAGGAAUGGCAUAACUGCACUGAUGUGAAAAAAAGAAAAGCUCCAAGUAACUUUUGGCCUGGCGCUUUGACUAUGCACCCUCAGGCUGAAGGCAAACGCCCUCCUCUAGUUUGCAGGCUCACUUCUGUCGCGGUACGGACACCAGUUCCGAGGCAAAGUGCGGCGCACUCUGAGACUAGCGAGUAAGUAUACUGAGGAUGACAGGAGCCAGGUGUCUCUGCGGAGAAGGGGCUCCCAUCACGGGAAGGAGGAGAGUCUCACUGGGAACUCCAGGAGUUCCCUGUGUGUUGUACACAUGUGUGUAGAUGUGUGGGCAUGUCGUACAGAUUUAUGAGGGUUGUGUCUAUGCAUGUAUGUGCACUUAUGCACAUACACACAUACGCUUAGAGGAGAGAGAUCUAGAUGUGUGUAUGAGUGUGUAUACACACAUCUACCCUCAAAGUCCAGCCACUGGGUGUGCCUCUGAAACUGAGUCCCCCUAAACCCGAGUGCCCUUACUGAGUUUAUGAUUCAUCUCACCACCCAAAACUUUGUUCCCUUUCUUGUGCCCUCAGACCUCAGUCCUGCACUCACUGAACACUCACCAACCAGAGUCAGAAGACUAAAACUCCUGUUGUCAAUAAAAUUGCCAAUGUACCCAAA